GUCAAAAUUUGGAUGCUUGACAACUGGUUCAUAUUUAUGACAGUGGCAAUGUGCCAGGGUCAUAUGAUCAACUUUGGCAACAUUCUAACAAGUAAAUGCUGAAGCCAGACUUACUAAACUAUUAUUAAUUUAACACCUGCAGUGAUAUAUGUAACAACUGUGGCAAGAAAGAUUAUAAAAUGGGGCAAAACUCACUUAAAUGUCUCAAUAUAAGAAAUGUUGGGCUCAAUGUGGUCAUAAGUAAAGGAUUACCUAUACAGGAACAAUCAAGACACUGCAGACUAGCAUUUGCUAGUAAUCAUAAAUGCCUUUGAAAAAAAUAUUCAAAUUGUGCCCCCAUACUUUCUUUAAAUGUAACUUAAUAUACAUUGUUACCUCCUCUACGAAACACCAAAAUUAACACAAAUGAACACAGAAACUUUGGGAAAGGUGAAUGUAUUGUAACAGAAAAAUUAAGAUUCUUCACAACUGUGGACUCUGCACCUCCACAUUAUCUGGAAAAUCUGGCUCUAGCAAACACACUCAAAUUAUCUUAUUAUACAUUGUGGCAACAAAAUAGCCUUCAUAUUUUGUGAUUUGAGUUUUCUGGGCUUUAGGAAAUCAAUGCAAUGAUAAUACUGGACUCAGAUUUUUUUUGGGGGGGCACGACAGGGAAAAUCCACUUUUACAGAAAAAAGAAUGCUUUUCUCUUAAAAAAAUAGAAUUUGGAUAAUAAAGAUCGCAGCAACAAUGGGGAACACUGCUUUCCACUCGAGAACAGUCCAGUGAUCCAUCCAAGAGACGAAAUCCACUUGUGAACCUUUUCCCAGCAAGCGAUCUUUCCUGAGGUUAUAGCAACUCCUCACUCCCAAGCGCCUUUCACAGCACCAGCUCGGUAUCGAGCUUAUCCGGAUGCCAACGCCGUGUGCGAAGACAGGAGAAAGGGCGUCCGUUGCCGGCCCUAAAGUAACGGGUUUUUCACUUUCUAGUCCUAUUCGCAAUGCAUCACGGGCUUUAUGCAAAUGAGCUCCGCGCUCCUACUAAGACGCCUGCGCGGUGAGGCCGUUUUCGCCGCGAUUUCCUCAGCUUCGCUAAAUUCGCGCAGGGCCUACUUUUGCUAGGAAAACGGCAACAACCCCGUCGACUCCAUUUGCUUCUUCCUUCUUUUUUGAUCCACGACCUCGGAUCAAUCUGAGACUGAACGUCACUGUCUUCCGUAGAGCUUGCAAAACCAAAAUAUAAAAGGUGUUCACGGGUAUUGUUGCAGGACGAUAGGAGCCCACUUCAGUGAAAGCGCUGACAUUGCAUCCGGACGAAACGCAUCGCGUUGCCAUGACUACUGUAUCUCCAGGAAGGCCUCUCUUCUGCCCCGUCAUGCCAAACCGUGAACUGUCUUCCCUGUUUCAAGAUGGCCGCCGCUCCAGCCUCCGUUCUACUGCCGGGGAUCCCGCCCUCCGGCUCACUGACGCGACUGACAAGAGAGAAAGAGAAAUGUCGCCCGGUCUAUGGGCGUGGCUUCUAUAUCUUCGCCAGGAUUGGCUCUCCGGUUUCUAACGGGGGAAUGAUGUGGGGCUCGCGUUGCUAUAGGCUGCGCUUAGGCUGCACCGUUCCCCGCUACCGAGAGUAACGGUUGGACGAAGGAGCCGCUUUGUGCAAUUGGCCACGCCGCUGUCACUCCUCCACCCUCCUCCAUCAGUGCUGGUGGUGCGCGCUCGGUUUCUGGGCCUGAGGCGGGACUGCUGGUCAGGCCGCGCGAGGAAAGGGUCCGCAUUAUCUUCGCGGCAAGGGACGGAGGAGGAGGAGGGAGCUGGCGCGAGACGCCGCGAGGUAAUGCCGGGACCCAGAAGGGAGCUGGCGCGGCGCUGAGAGAACGAGGCUAGCGGGGAGAGAGAUGCGCUGGCCUUGCAGGUCCGCCCCUCCAGUUGCUGCCUCCGACACUGUGUGCAGCCGCAGCUUAGGUAAUACAAUCCAUGGGUAAAGUUGGGAAAAUGUGGAACAGCUUCAAGUACAGAUGCCAAAAUCUCUUUAAUCCUGAAGGUGGAAAUAGAAAUGAAAAUGUAGACAUAAAUUCCAAUAGUGCGUCUGUUAGAGAUAAAAGUGCUUGUGUGUCUGGUGCAACUCAGCAGCAACCAAACAGUCCUUUGCAACUGAGUCUAAAUACUUCAAAAGGCUUUUCAAGAAAGAAUCAAAACUGUGCCACAGAAAUCCCUCAGAUUGUUGAAAUAAGCAUUGAGAAAGAGAUUGACUUGAAUGUUGCCUCAGGAGCUAAAUUUGCACGAAGGGAUUCCUACUCAAGGCAUGCUCCAUGGGGUGGGAAAAAGAAACAUUCCUGCUCUACAAAGACCCAGAGCUCAUUGGAAAGUGAUACAAGAUUUGGCUGUUCUCACUCGCAAAGGAGGGAAAGAAGAUAUGGUGUGAGCUCAGUUAACGAUACAGAUAGCAUCUCAAGCAGAACCAUAGGAAAUCGUUCUCUGAGACAAAGAUUGCAGGAAACUGUAGGCUUAUGCUUCCCUAUGAGAACUUACUGCAAACAAUCUAAGCCUCUUUUUUCCAACAAAAGGAAGAUCCAUCUUUCUGAACUAAUGUUAGAAAAAUGUCCUUUUCCUGCUGGAUCAGAUCUGGCCCAAAAGUGGCAUUUAAUUAAGCAGCACACCGCUCCAGUGAGCCCACAUUCUGCUAUUUUUGAUGCAUUUGACUCCUCCUUGGCUUCUACAGAAGAUGAGGAAGAUAGGCUGAGAGAGAGACGAAGGCUCAGUAUAGAAGAAGGCGUGGAUCCUCCUCCCAAUGCUCAGAUACAUACUUUUGAAGCUACCGCACAGGUUAAUCCGUUAUAUAAAUUAGGGCCAAAGCUGCCCCCUGGCAUGUCUGAACUGAUGGGAGACUGCAAUUCAACAACACAAGGAAGUUGUGAUUUGGAGGAAGACACAACUACUCUCUGCUUGCAGUCCCGUAGACAAAAGCAGCGCCAAAUAUCUGGCGAGAGCCAUAGCCACAUCAGCAGGCAAGGAGCUUGGAAAGUACAUACUCAGAUUGAUUAUAUUCACUGCCUAGUGCCAGAUUUACUUCAGAUUACCAGUAAUCCCUGCUACUGGGGUGUGAUGGACCGUUAUGAAGCAGAAGCACUUCUAGAAGGAAAACCUGAAGGCACUUUUUUGCUCAGGGACUCUGCUCAAGAAGACUACCUCUUCUCUGUGAGCUUCCGCCGUUACAACCGAUCUUUACAUGCACGCAUCGAGCAGUGGAAUCACAACUUCAGUUUUGAUGCUCAUGAUCCCUGUGUGUUUCACUCCUCUACUGUAACAGGGCUUCUGGAACAUUACAAAGAUCCAAUUUCUUGCAUGUUUUUUGAACCGCUACUUACAGUUUCUCUAAAUAGGACUUUUCCUUUCAGCUUGCAAUAUAUCUGCCGUGCAGUAAUUUGCAGGUGCACUUCCUAUGAUGGGAUUGAUUGUCUUCCUUUGCCAACAAUGUUGCAGGACUUUCUGAAGGAAUAUCAUUAUAAGCAAAAGGUUAGAGUACGAUGGUUGGAGCGGGAACCAAUUAAGGCAAAGUGAACAGAGUUCAGAAUCCCUAGUAAACUCACAUUGUGAUUUUUUUGUGUAUGUGUUACAAUAUACCACGUUAAGCACAACAGUGUUCAGCUUUUAAUGUACUUUGAGCUUAUUGUGUUUAUGAUGCUGCCUCCAGUUAGUUGUGAAUACCUCUUGAAACAUGAACAGAACACAAAAAUCACAUUUUUCAUCCAUUUUAAUUUGCCAGUUACAAAAUAUGUCUACUUUCUAUUACAAUAUUAAUAUAACACAGCUAUUGGGCAUUAACUUUUAAAUUCUAUUCAGUUUCAUAAUUCACAAUAAAGUAGUUUGCUAGCUUUUUCUUUUUUAUUAAUAUGAGCACUUAAAUACCAAAAAAUGAUUCCAUAUUUAAAUUCUCAAUUUAAAAAAGUACUACUUUUCAUACUUCGCUAUCUCCUAUGCCACUUUUUAUAUCAAAACUGUUUUAAGAGGAAAAAUCAUAAGUAACGGGAAAUCACUAUAACAUGUCAUUUCUAUAUUUUUAAAUCAUGUGCAUUAAGAAGUUCUGUUCCAGUAUUUGGUUCCAGGAUUGUCUCCAAACUAAGAUUAAUAGAUUAAUCAUGUGAGAAUAAUUAGAUAAUUAAAUUUGCCAAAAAUGAAUAUAAAUAAAAUAGUUCUAAAGCAGAGGGGAAAAAGACUUUCAAAUAUGAUAAGUAAAUGAAACUUAUAGUCUAGUAAAGAGGUCCCCAAUCCACAGAUCAGCACCACAGUGCCAUGCAAGCAGGUGAAGCUCCAUCCGCGCACAUACAGGAUCUAGGCAGUGCGCAAAACCAUGCCCUGCAGUCUGUGCAAAAACCGCCGUCCACGGAACCAAUCCGUGGCGCCCAAAAGCUUGGGGGGCUUCUAGUCUAGCAGGUCUCAUGGAUGCAAGGGAAGUUUACCCUGUCAGCACAGCAAAGGAUCAAUGCCUCUUCAAGUCCAUAUGCCAUAACUUGUUUCAUUAAUCAGGGUCAUCUUCACUCUGCUUUUUCUAAAUUAACACUUUGUUAUUUUAAAAAAUCUAGUAGCUUCUAAUUAAUCAACCACUGCAAUAAAUAUAUUGGUUAAACUGAA